UCAGCGAGCAGCCAUAUUUUUCUAUCCAUAAUCUACCUUUCUCUUCCGUACAGAUACGGAUUAGGCCAGCUCUGACAAUGCGUGACGGCCUUUUGAAACGAGCUUGAGAUAUGCAGAGGCUUGUCCGUUUAUCAUGCGGAGCCUGUUAGUUCUCUUUCUAACCACUCCAACAUAUCUUGCGUGUUAUUGGGAUCCGACUGAAGUCUCUGUCGCGUAGCUCGUAAAGAUGGCCUUUCCCGCUGGUGUCAGCGCGUCCUUGUGUCUGAAUAGAGUUCCUUCUCUCCGUGACACUGACUCGAGGUCCUGCACUACGUCCCUCACGUCUACGCCAUUCUCUCCCCUUCUCCCUCCAACCGCUCGACACUGCUCCCUUCAAUCGCUCGUGCCUACGUUACUCCAUAACCCCACACUUCGCCAACCAAUCGCAAGCCUAGAUUCUCCUCAACCUCGUCCUUCUCUAGCAUCUUCCUCGACCUUUCCUUCUCGAGUGCCCCCUUUCAGCAUCCCUAGCCCAGUCCAUGCUUCUUCACUCCAUGGGAGCCCACCCAACCUGACUCCACCACACCGAGUCAGCAGGCUCGAGGCUUCCGAACGAGCUGUGGCCGUAUUUCAUGAAACCAGCGCUUCUGCCACGUCAGCACGGUCGGAUUUCGCCACAACUGGAUCGAGUAGCGAUUCAUCGGAGGGCUUGAGGGAAGGGAGACCGGAAGGGAGACCGGAAGGAAGACUGGAAGGGAGUUUGGAUGGUAGAUCGCUAGGGUACGGUAGUGGGGAUGACCAGGAGAUUCAGUUUGCUGGUGUCCUCAGCGACAGUGCGUGCAGCAGCAGUGAUUAUAGCAGCGAGAGUGAUACGGACAGUGCCGAGGUAAAGAGCGCAAUCUGUAAGCAGGGCGAAAGCGACGUGGGACUCAACACUGAUAGAUCAACCCGCACCAGGCGCCCAGUUAAACCCGCGGAUCCGCAAUUAGAGACUAGACACCCAGGUCGUUCUCCCACAAGGCCAGAUCAUCCGAUAGCGUCGGCAACGAGCUUUGAAGGAAGGGUAGCUGGAGCGGCAGGUGCAGCUGGAGCAGCUGAAGCGAGGGAGUCCGAUGGGCUCAUGGCAAUCCGACGGCCCAAACUGAUCCGUCGGGUGCCUGUCGCGUCAGGUGCGGAUUCGAAGGCCAUAGGCUUUCAAGACACGCGGGAGUAUCGAAGAAGAGAACGAGUUUCACGGAGGCAGUCAGAUCCAGCCACCACAGCAACGACGUCGCCAGCAGCGUCACCACCAGCAGCCGCAGCAGCACCAGCAGCAUCACCAACGCCAGCAGCCGCAGCAGCACCGCCACCACCUCAACCCCUAAAAGCGGUUGCACCAACACGACCACAACCAGCAUUUGCGCCGACCCCUCCCUCCUCCACUUCUUCUAUCCCAUCCUUCCCCUCCUCCUCCUCUUCCUCCUCUUCCCCCUCUUCCUCCUCCUCCGCCCCUUCCCCGCGGCCCCCCCAGUCGACAGUGUGGGUGAACAAGUCUGCGCCCAGGGCACCCCGGCACAGGGGACCCGGAAUGGCAAACAGAAGCCCUGUCAGCGACCGCGUGCUACAGGCGAUCGUGGCUAUACAGAGGGCCAGACGCGUGGCCGGAGAAGGCGCCAGAGGCAGCCAGGGAGGCGCAAGGAGCCUAGAGAGUCAACGAAGCGGAGAAGGUCAACGGAGCCAUGGUGGGGGAGCAGAGGGAGGAGCAAGGAGGGGAGAUGAGGGGGUGAGAGUGGGAGUGAGUGGCGGCGGCGGCGGGGGAGUGGUGGGGUCGCUGAAGGAGGUGGUGGCGGAGGUGGCGGGGGGAUUGGAGAAGCGCGAGGUGGAGGAGCUGAUGACGGAGCUGCAGCGACGCCAUGACUGGCGGGCCACGCUUGAGGUGUUUUCAUGGAGCCAGCAGCAGGCGUGGUUCCGCCCGAACAUGCGACUGUACAACGCGUUGAUGGGAUUUCUGGCGCGGGAGCACCAGGCGCACGCCGCCACGCUGCUCUUCCAGGACAUGCUGCUCACGCGCGCGCGCCCCAACCACUUCACAUACACGGCGCUCAUCAACGCGUACGGGCGCUCUGGGUGGUUCGAGGAUGCUCUGGCUGUGUUCGAGCACAUGAAGACGUGCGACGAGGACGACUGCAGGCCCAACACAGUGACGUGUAACGCUCUGAUUGGUGCGCUGUGCAAGGGAGGGAUGUAUGACGAGGCGGUGGAGGUAUUUAUGGACAUGCGCUCGGGCUCAGGCGGCCUGCCAGACAACUGCAGGCCCAACAUAGUGACGUACAACACGCUCAUAGACAGCUUGUGCAGAGAGGGGCAGCUUGACGCUGCUCUGCAGGUCCUCGACGACCUCUCCUCGGGCGCCCUGGACCCCCUAGUCGCCCCCAACAUAGUCACCUUCAACACCAUCAUCAACGCGUGCGGCAAGGCGGGCCGUGCAGCCGAGGCUGAAACGACCCUGCAAGCCAUGGAGCUCACCGGCAUGGCGGCCGACGGCAUCACGUACACCGCGCUCGUGGACGCGUAUGGCCGCACAGGACAGGUGGAGCGCGCCGAGGAGGCGUUCGAGCGGAUGGUGCAGGCGGGGAUCGGCCCGGAUGUGUUCUCGUAUACGGCGCUAAUGGCGGGGUUUGGCCGCGCUGGGCUGCCGGAGCGGGUCACAGAGACGCUGUCUGCCAUGCAGAGAGCGGGGGUGCAGCCGAACGAGGUGACGUUUCUGACGGUGCUGGACGCGCAUGGGAAGGCAGGGAAUUACGAGGAGGCGGAGGCGACGCUGGCUGUGAUGGUUACGUGCGGUUACCGCCCGUCGGUUUACAGUUGGAGUUGUUUGAUUGACGCAUUUGGGAAGGCGGGGCUGUAUGCUAAGGCGGCAGGGGCGUUUGAGCGUAUGCAGGCCGAGGGAUGCCGUCCGAAUCUGAUCACGUACGCGGCAAUUUUGUCUGCUUGUGCGCGGUGUGAACAGUGGGAGGAUGCGCUGGAGCUGUUGUACUGUUUACAGAGGACAGGCGGCGAAUGGGAGGUUGCCAUGUGUCGGCUUGUGAUGGCAGGCCCGGACGAGGAAGGGGAGGAGUGUGGGAGUGAGGAGGAAUUAGUGGAAGGGCUGAUGAGAGGAGGGAGGCGAGGAGGGGAGCGGAAAGGCGAGCGGGGAGGGGAGCGAGGGGAGAGGAGGAAGAGUGGGGGGAUGGAGGAUGGCUUGUGGGAGUCAGCCGGGCGGAUGUUUGAGGCGUUUCAGCCCCUGCCGCUGGCCAUGCGCCGCUCCUUCUACAACGCCCUGGCCGACGUGCUCUGGAGCUUUGGCAUGCAUCGGCGCGCUGCCAGAGUGGUGGCGCUGGGGCGGGGCCUGGGCGUGUAUGGGGGCGCGGAGGAUAUGCACAAGGGGGGCCGGGGCGGGAGGAGAGGGGGGUUGGGGCGAAGAGAGGGCAGCAGCAGUGGGAGUGAGGGAGAAGGUGGCAACCAGAGGGGUGGUGGGAGUGGCAGGGGCAUGUGGACGGAGGAGGGCAUAUGGAGUGUGGAUCUGCACGAGCACUCCAUUGGCUCGGCCUGUGCCUUCCUCUUCCUGUGGCUCAGAGACCUGCGCACCGCAUGGCAGUGGCACAAUGAGAUCCCCGAGGCCAUCGAUAUAGUCACAGGCUGGGGCCGGCACAGCAAGCGGAAAGACUCCACCUCAGAUAAGCCUGCACAGGUAGCGCCCCUGAAAGCAGCCAUACUUAGGGAGCUGCAGCAGAUGGGCUCUCCGUUCCAGGAACUUUCUGUGAACGCCGGGCGGCUGGUGGCGGGCGGGUGGGCGGCGUACUCUUGGCUGUUGCAGGAGGAGAUGCGGGAGCGGCUGCAGCUGAGGGAUGCGCCACAGCCCAUGCCCCCUGGGGACAAGCCGUACGAGCCGCAGUAACACAUCGAAUAGAGAGCCCAUAUAGAGUUGCUGGUACUGUAAUGUUCCUUAUUGUGAUGGGUUGGCUUCCCAGGCAUGGUAACCAUCUGUAGUGUGUUACCAAACGACCCC